AUGCAUCAAGUUUCAACAGAACAACAACAAACUACGGCUACUAUGUUAGAUGAAUAUUGUCGAUAUUAUUCAGAUUUUAGCAAAAUAUUGUAUAUCUAUAUAAGAAAUUUUCAUCCUCAACUUCAUUUUGAAUUUGAACAACUUCUCGAUGCAUCAUAUAAUGUAUGGCAUCGUUUAACUGAUGAUGAAAAAAUUUCAUUAUCAACUUUUCUUGAAGAAAUAAAUCAAGAAAAUAAUCAUACUAUAUUAUCAUCAUCGAAAAUAAAAACAUUCAAUAAUUUGAUAAAUUGUAAUUCAUUAACAACAAAAUUAAAAUAUUCAAUAAAUCAUUCAAAUCAAAAGAAUGAAAAAUUAAAUUCUAAAACAAUAGCAUUAAAUACUAGUUCAUGUAAAACAUUUAAUUCAAAAAAUAAGAAAUUAUUAAUUAAAAAAUCAAUUUCAAUUACACCAUUUCAUAUUUAUUUAAAAGAUGAACGUCAAAAAUUAAUUAAAAAACAUAGAAAUAUGUCAAUAAAUGAUAUAAAUAAACGUUUAUCUGAACGUUGGAAAAAAAUGUCUAAUCGAAUGAAACAAAACUAUGAAUAUCGAUCAUAUCUUGCUAAAAAACGUUUAUAUAAAAAACAAGGUAAAUUAAUUCGAUUAAAAAAACCUUCUUUUAUUAAACGAAUAUCGUCAAAAACAAGACAAAUAAGGAAUAAAAAACAACAAUUAUCGAACAUAUUUCGAUCAAAUAUUUCAAUUCGAGCAAAAUGA